AUGCUCUCAACCUUCCCUUUGAACCUUCAAGUCAUGGCUUCGUUAAAGUUUGAACAUCGCUUGCGGAAUAAAGAUCUUGCUGCUGUCCUGAACUUCCGAUAUAUACUUAACCAAUUGAGACAUAUUUGUAGUAUGCCUGAAGUAUUCGCCCGUGUCAUUCAGGUCGGCAAUACUAAAAUGUGA